CAUAAUUCUCGUUGCCAGCGCCGCCAUUGUGAAGCGGAAGACGCAGAAUUAUUUAGAGAACAAAAGAACAAAGCCACAUUUCUUACUCACCUUGUUGGUCAUUAAAUCUCUCAUUCUAAUUAUAUAUUCGUUGUCUAAACCAUGAGUGUCGCAAGUGCGGAGAGAAAAACAAAAAAGAAGGGCGGAGGCCUGUCUGGCUUGCUUAGAAAAGAACAAAAAGAUCCCGUCACGGAAGAAGAACUAUUGAAAAAAGAUGUCAUAUGUCCAGAUGACAUAUUAAGACUGAACAGAAUCACAGAAGAUUAUCUGUGUCCACCAGAAGCUAACAUAUAUGGUAUAGAUUUCACACGGUUUAAGUUACGAGAUAUGGAUAGUCAGACAGUGCUGUUUGAGGUUGCUAAGCCACCACCUUCAGACAAUGGUGAGCCAGAGUAUGACCAAGAGGACAUGGAUCCAAAUGCAGGAAGAUUUGUACGCUACCAGUUCACACCUCAGUUCCUUAAGCUGAAAACUGUUGGCGCCACGGUAGAGUUUGUUGUGGGAGAACAGCCAGUGACCAAGUUCAGGAUGAUAGAGAAACAUUACUUCAAGGAUCGUAUGUUGAAGUGCUUUGAUUUUGAGUUUGGGUUCUGUAUACCACACAGUCGCAAUACAGUAGAACAUAUAUACGAGUUCCCACAACUCGAUCAAGAUGAAAUACGAGAAAUGAUCGAUUGUCCGUACGAGACUAGGUCAGAUAGUUACUAUUUUGUGGAGGAUAAACUCAUCAUGCAUAAUAAAGCAGAUUAUGCUUACAAUGGAGGUACCUGAGACUACAGCAUGUGUCCGUUCGUCUGUGUGUGUGAGUGAAACGAACAAACUUCAUCAUAGAAUAUAGGACAAGUUUGUAUAGGAAUGAAUGUGAAUAUACACUGUAUACCGAUGUUGAUGAUACAAAGAUUGGAUCUCCAUGGAAACCAUCAGCGUAUAUUCCUACUGGUUGCACAGGAAAUGGUCCGAUAUUAGAUGGAGAAUUAACACCAGCUAAUUGAUUAGCUGUAAAGCUGAUUUUUUAUACCUGCAUGUUAAUUUUUGUUUAUACCAUAACAUUAAAACAGAUAAAACAGUGCUGUAACUGUCUGAAGAUGUGUACAUUUAAGAAUUAUUUGAAACAGACUCACUGAAGAUCUGACAUGUGUAUUCAUCUAACUUUACGAAAAUUAUUCAGUGAAAAAAAAGUUUUAAUACUCUGAUGGGUUGGUUCUCCAUUAUAUUUAGCAAUAGCAUUGUCACUGGUUGAUGGUGAUGAAGAAAACUUACAAAAGAAUUCUCAAACUUACAUGCAAAAUUGACUUUUAUUGUAUGAACUAUAAAUAAUGAAUUUUGAUUGGCCAGAGUGAGGUUGGUUGUACACAAAAAACUGACUUAUGUUGACCAGUUAUUUCUAUAUACUGCAAAACAGAGAAAAUUUAUUAUGGAACAGGCAUGUAUAAACACUGCAUUUUAUUAUACACUUAAGUUUAUAUCGAGCCUUUGAGAUAUAUAUAUCUAUAUAUAUUCAUGGUUUCUUUUGUAAGUUAAUAUAUAACAAUAUAUAUAAAUAUAUACAAAUGGCAAAAUCAGGUAAAAACAGUUGAUACAAAACAAAAACAAACUGGCAUUACAAAAAAACUGUGCAGAAAAUUAUAAUUUUGCAUGACAUAUUGUUACUAAAAACGUUAAUCAAAAUGGUCACUGUGACUGGACCAGUUUUUUUCAGUUUUGAAAAACUGCUUAAAGUUGUGUGCAGUCACGUAAGUUGCAGGUCAAACUGGUCAGUGAGAAAUCCUUAUUUAUUCUUUGUAUUAUGUAAUAUGAUACUAUUAUGAUGUUUUCAGCAGUGUAGUAUACUGUGGUGUGCACCUCGGUCAGUAAUUUUUCUGAUGUAGUUCAUGUCGUACUGCACUGCGGAAUAUUCCAUAAUUGACUAAUAUUUCGCAUAUAUUUUAGGCGCUCAGUUGUUUUAGGCUGGAAACAUGUUGUAGCACCUUUCAUUACAAAUUAAGGUCUUUCUGAAACAUUUUACAGCUUGUCAUAGGUUCUAUUAGGGAAAUUUUACUGGUUUUUUUUUCCUUCAUAGGAAAAUAUGUUUUGCAUUUUAGUUUUAAAUGUGUGACUGAUGUAUGAAUUUUUUAUGCAUAAUGUGCAAUGUGUAGAAAUCAAUCGUGUGAAACUACACAAGUUUGACAUUAAUGUCCUGAAAUUGUUGUUAGCUUCAUAUAUUGUACAUGUACUAUACUUUUUUAUAUUAUAAAGUUUUAUUGAUGUUGAUAAUGUUAUUUAAAGAUCAUUUUGACUGUGCAUACAUAACGGUGUAUGCAUUAUGAUACAUAUGUGUAAUGUAUUUCAAUAUGCUGUGCCUAGAAAUGUUUGUACAAAUUUUAAUUCAACUUCGGAAGCAAACUGUCGAAAGAUUGUAUCAAAACAUAAAAGAAACAUGCAUCUAUAAAGCUGUACAUACAUAAAAGAGCAGGACUCUCCUUUGAAGUUGCUGUAUAAACAUUGGUAAAGGUUUUAGUAUAUAUACAUAUCAGUUAACUGUCUUAACAUUUUCUUUUUUUUUUUUGCUAAAAAAAUCUCAGAUUAAAUAAGACGGGCAAUUUCCUCUGUAAAAGGGUUAUGUAUGCGACAGAAUUGUAAAAUGUCGAAACUGAAUUUGUUUUUGUUUGAAAAUUUGUAGGAAUAUUUUUAGGUAGCGUAUAUAUUAAUAAUUUUAUAGAAAUAAUUUUA